UGGUCGGCUGGCUGUCCUAGAGAAGACAACAUGUGGAAGGGACUUCUAAUGUUUGCAAUCCUGUGCGUUUGUGGAAGCUCGGCACAAAAAAUCAAGAUUUCCGUGUACUAUGAAACGCUAUGUUCCGACAGCGUAAGAUAUUUGGUCAAUCAGUUCUAUCCGGCCUAUCAGAACCUUGCAGACAACAUGGAAGUCGAUCUAGUGGCAUAUGGCAAAGCUAAUGCAAGCAAUGACUCGGGAUCCUGGGAAUUUGAAUGUCAGCAUGGCGAACUUGAAUGCUAUGAGAAUAAAGUACAUUCAUGUGCCAUAGAAUUGUACCCCGUCAGUCAAAGUACAGAGUUUGUGAUAUGCUCGAUGAAUUCCACAGAUGCAAGUUCAGACGCAAACAACGAAGAAUGUGCUACGUCUACCAACAUCUCCUGGACGGUUUUGGAAGAGUGCCUCACCAGCGGCCAAGCUGACGAACUUCUUGCAGCUAAUGGCAGGCGUACUGACAAAUUGAUCCCAGACAUAAUCAAUUUUGUACCCACCAUAGUCUUCAACGACGUCUUCAGUGCACAACUUCAAAGCAUAUCGCUCACGAACUUCGAAGACACGUUGGUGUUUCUCUUGGAGCAAAUCCAAUGCGGGUUUUGCCAGUUUAAUGGGUCUAAUUUAGCAGUAGGUUCUGGAAAGUUUGUUCUUGGUGUCAGUGUAUUGCUAAUACUACUUCAAAAAUGUGUUCAAACUGUGAAAGUGUCAGUGUUUUAUGAAGCCCUGUGCCCAGAUAGUAUCGAGUUUAUAGACAAACAGCUAUUUCCCACGUAUAAGUAUAUUGGAAACGAUAUAAAAGUGGAUCUAGUACCAUUUGGGAAUGCAAAGGUUACUAAUACAAGUGGGCAACUGAAAUUCGUGUGCCAGCAUGGUCCGAGUGAAUGUUAUGGGAAUAAGAUACAUUCGUGCGCUAUACGUCUUUAUUCAAUUGAAGAGAGCACUGAAUUUGUGUACUGCAGCAUGGAAUCUGUCGAUCCUAGCUCCAAUGAAAAUUUGGAAAAGUGCGCCAACAGCAGCGAUAUAUCAUGGGCAUCUCUGCAAACAUGCUUCCAGAGCGGUCAAGCCGAUAUACUCCUGGAAAAGAACGGCAUUCGAACCAAAAAUGUCGAACCAGCUAUAAAAUUCAUCCCUACAGUAAUUUUCAAUGAUCGCUAUAAUGAAACUCUGCAAAAUGAAGCUCUUGAGGAUUUUAUGGCCGUGGUAUGCCAAUUUCUCGAAUAUAAGCCGGCACCUUGCAGGAAAUAUGUUUACGGUAAAAUAGAAGUCAAAUUGGUGUAGACAGCUUUAAAAUCAUUUGUACCUAUUUUGUAGUACUUAUAGAAUUUGCAAUAUUUGUUGUAAAUAAUUAUUUGCAAUAAUAUUUUAAUAAAGAGUUUGUUCAUUUAA